CUAAGUUCCGGAACAGAACGGAAGGUUGCUCUAUGGUUAUAUAAAGGUACAGCUACAGGCGCCCGCGCAGUUGACAUCACGACUUGCGCUGGUCAAAAUGCUCUACUUAUCAGUUCUCGUGGCGCUCUUGGGUUUGGCCCAGGCCAAGCCAGGGUUCCUCUUCUCCCAGCCAGUGGUAACUGGAGUCCAAUAUGCGGAACCCUUAUCCAAUGGAGUCCAGCCCCAUCCGGCAGUGGAACUGAAUGCUGCCAGCGAGUCGCAGCUGCCUCCAGAGCUAUUAAAGUCACACGACUUCUACAGUAACCCAUCCAUUGCUGCAGGGUUAGCCAAGGAGUCAUGGUUCACCAAGAAAGAGAUGCAAGUAGUAGAAAGAGAGGCGGAGAAGAUUCCGCGCCAAAAAAUCUACGACCUCGUCAGCCAUGCUGGAUUCCUCGACCACUGAUUCGAAAUUUUAAUUUUUAAAAUUAUCUUUUAUUUAACAUUUUCAGGCCUGUAAAUAUUA